UAAAUAGGGUCCUUAUACGACCAGAGACCACAUUAUCUUGCCUGAAAAAACUGCCUAAUUUCUCUCAUUUAUAAAAACUAUACGUAUAUAUAUCUAUAUACAUACACUAUCAUAAAAAAAGAUUGGUUUUUUCGUUCAAAAAUGGCAACUAUAUUAUCAUCAUCAGUUAUCAUCAGAGGUUGUCAUCACAGUUGGGUUGAUCUGAAGUUUUUCUUCGUCGUACUGUUCUUUCUGUUUGGUUCAAUUUCUCCUUCUUCUUCUAAUUAUAUGAACCCUUUGAUCGGAAAAUCAAGAGAAGAACACCGUAACUACACGGCCAUAUCGGAUUUUCGAGUAGUGAAUCGGCGAAUUCUCAGCGAUUGUAUCGAUCUAAACCCUUACCAGAGGAUUAGUGUAGGGAAUGCCAAGCUUGGCGAUGAUCAACUCGUCACCGUCACCGUCUCCGGCGUCUUGUUCCCCUCCGAGCUUGAUUGGGUCGCCAUGAUAUCUCCUUCCCAUGCCGAUGUGAACGCUUGUCCUUUCAUUGGAAUUAAUUAUGCAGAGACGGGUGAUCUUAGCCACCUUCCUCUUCUCUGUCAUUACCCUGUUAAGUCGAUUUUUCUAAGCAAAGAUCCGGACUACCUGGGCUGCAAAAAGAAAGAGUGCAAAAAACAUGGAAAGGGAGGGAAAUGCGAGGUUACCACAUGCAGCGCCACCAUCUCUUUUCAUGUCAUCAACAUACGAACCGACAUUUCCUUCGUCUUCUUCAGCGGUGGCUUUGAUACGCCCUGCACCCUUGCCAGGACCAGCCCUGUCAGCUUUCUCAACCCCAACAACCCAUUGUACGGACACCUUUCCAGCAUUGAUUCAUCGGCUACAUCCAUGAGAGUGACCUGGGUUAGUGGGGAUAGUAAACCUCAGCAAGUACAGUAUGCAGCUGGGAAAACACAAACUUCACAAGUUACCACUUUUACUCAGGAUGAUAUGUGCAAAUCGGAUAUUCUUGUAAGCCCAGCUAAGGAUUUUGGUUGGCAUGACCCUGGGUUCAUUCAUUCAGCUGUAAUGACUGGUCUUCAGCCUUUAACCACCUACACCUAUAGAUAUGGAAGUGAUUUAGUUGGUUGGAGUGAACAAAUUCAGUUCAAGACUCCACCAGCAGGAGGAUCAGAUGAAGUCAAAUUUCUUGCAUUUGGUGAUAUGGGAAAAGCUCCUAAAGAUGCCUCUGUUGAGCAUUAUAUCCAGCCAGGAUCAAUUUCAGUGACAGAUGCAAUGGCUGAGGAAGUUAAGUCUGGAAAUGUGGACUCAAUCUUCCACAUUGGAGACAUAAGCUAUGCCACUGGCUUUCUUGUUGAAUGGGAUUUCUUCCUCCAUCAAAUCUUCCCUGUGGCUUCUCGGGUUUCAUACAUGACUGCUAUUGGAAACCAUGAGAGGGAUUAUUUAGACUCAGGAUCAGUGUAUGUUACUCCAGAUUCAGGAGGAGAAUGUGGGGUUCCUUACGAGACCUAUUUUCCAAUGCCAACCCCAGCCAAGGAUAAGCCUUGGUAUUCCAUUGAACAGGGCAGUGUUCACUUCACUGUGAUGUCAACUGAGCAUAGUUGGAAAAGACAUUCUGAACAGUACCUAUGGAUGAAAAAGGACCUGGCUUCUAUCAAUCGAGCUAAAACUCCUUGGCUAAUAUUCACCGGGCACAGACCCAUGUAUACUUCCUCAACUGGACUCUUUAGUGUUGAUGCAGAUUUUGCUAAAGAUGUUGAACCGUUACUGGUGUCCAGCAAAGUUGACUUGGUUCUGUUUGGACAUGUCCACAACUAUGAGAGGACCUGUUCUGUUUACAGAAAUUCGUGUUUGGCAAUGCCUAAAAAAGAUCAAAGUGGUAUUGACACAUACGAUCAUAGCAACUAUAGUGCACCAGUGCAUGCAGUUAUUGGCAUGGCUGGCUUCUCUCUUGACAAGUUCCCUAGUGAGGUGAAGAGCUGGAGUUUAAGAAGGGCUUCAGAGUUUGGUUACCUUAGAGCGCAUGCAACUAAGGAAGAUAUAAAAUUAGAGUUUGUAAACACAGUUAGUAGGAAAAUUGAGGAUAGCUUUCGCAUUAUCAAGAAACAAGAUCAGUUGAAUAGUAGAAAAGUAGAGAUUGGUUCGUAGGUAAUAUUGAUUUUUGUACACGUAAGAGAAGAAAUAGAGACAUAUAUGGAGGACAAAGACAUAAGGAGCCUAAGAGGGUCUUCUCUCUCUCUCACUCUCAUGAAUAUACAUAGCAGCUUCGAUCAAAUAUCUUUACAGAAUGUAACUAAUCUUAUAUUAUGUAUAGACAUUUUUGGAACUGCCAUUUUGCACAAGUCAACAUUGUGGUUUUUCUUCUCUUUUAUGUAUUAGAUUGCAUUUGCCUUCUCA